AUGUGGAAUAAUUCGAGUAGUGCAGUGUCUGUAAAUUCGCCUUUGUUCACAACACACGAUUCCAUAUACAUCCUUGUAAUGCUGGUCCUGUCUGCUAUCCUAUUUGUAACUGGAAUCGUCUUGAAUGUCCUGGUCUGCUUCGUCAUGAUUCGCAGCAAACGACACAAGAAAACCCUGAGUAAUCUAUUCAUUACUCACUUAGCGAUAACAGAUAUCAUUUUCCGUCUGUCCACGCCAGGGCUGGUUUACAACAUGAUCCGCCCACUCGAUACCAUCUCGAAAUGGGACCAUGUAAUCUGCGUUCUUUCUUCUUUGGUAUUUCAAAUUUGCUGUACCGCUACAUUUGCUAGCCUUUCUAUCAUCGCCUUGGACCGAUACCUACACAUCAUCUACCCUCUAAAAGCCCUGAAGAGAAAACCAAAGCCAUGGCUUGUCGUUCUGUUCCUUUGGAUGUACUCGCUCAUUGCUUCGGCGAUGUACAUUGUUACGUUAAAAAUAUUAAAAAAUCAAGUAGAUGGAAUGGGAGAAACGUCAUGUGACAUAGAAAAUGACGUGCUAGGCAGCAUCACCAUUAUCGUCUACGUCACAUUGACCUUUAUUGUUCCCGUAGUAACUAUGACGUUUGCAUACACGUCAAUAUUUGUCACUCUGAGUCGGAGAUGUCGCAGUGGAUUUGCGGCAAAUGCCACAAAGGCGAAAAUCAGGUCGGCACGAAUGCUUGUUUUAGUGGUAAGUAAUAUGAUAAUUUGCUGGGGUCCAUUGAUGUUUCAUUCAUUACUGGUGAAAAUAGGCGUGUCUGGCUAUGAUAAGCGUGUCUCUCUUCUUGUAUUUAUCGCCACAAUUACACUUCAAUUCAUGGCUUCUGUUAUAAACCCGAUUCUCUACUCGCUCUACAACAAAGCCUUCAAAGAUGAUCUGCAGGCGGUAUGCUGCUGUUAG